CAGAGAACGGGAAAUCCUUCUGUAUUUAAGUAGGUUGGAACGUCGGUUGCUCCUCGUCCUGUAUGUGCAAAUGUGAAGGAAGCAUGGCGACUAAACAAACGCGUUAUCAAAAGAGAUCUACUUACAAAAACGCCAAAGAUGAUAAUGUGUCGCGAGGAGAAGUGCCCGGGACAUCUACGUUGUUUUUAAAGCUAAUGGCUGCAGCUUUCUAUGGACUCUCUUCUUUUCUCAUUGUUGUCGUUAACAAGAGUGUUCUCACUAACUACAGAUUUCCAUCCUCUUUAUCUGUGGGAAUUGGCCAAAUGUUGGCAACUGUUAUUGUGUUGCGAGGGGCAAAGUCAUUAAAUGUGAUAGAUUUCCCAGAUUUCGACAGGAAUGUCCUACAUAAGGUAUUUCCACUUCCUUUACUGUAUGUGGGAAAUCAACUGACAGGCCUUUUUGGGACACAACAAGUCAAUCUGCCAAUGUUUACUGUGCUGAGAAGAUUCUCGAUUUUAUUCACAAUGAUGUUUGAGGGUUACCUGCUGAAAAAGAAGUUUUCAUGGUCAAUAAAGGCAACAGUAUUCACCAUGAUCUUAGGAGCAUUUAUAGCUGCGAGUACAGAUCUAGCAUUUGACCUCCAUGGAUACAUUUUCAUUACACUUAAUAACGUUCUGACGGCUGCUAAUGGGGUUUACAUGAAACAAAAACUGGACUCUAAGGAACUGGGAAAAUAUGGGCUGCUGUAUUAUAAUGCAUUAUUCAUGGUUAUUCCCACUGUAGUUUUGGCACACUUCACUGGAGACCUUCAGAAAGCUUUGGAAUACGAUGGUUGGGCCGACCUUUUCUUUAUCUUUCAGUUUGUGUUAUCAUGUAUCAUGGGGUUUAUUCUCAUGUACUCGAUUAUGUUAUGUACCCAUUAUAACUCUGCUUUAACAACUACCAUUGUCGGCUGUAUCAAGAAUAUCUUGGUGACAUACAUUGGGAUGGUGUUUGGUGGAGAUUAUAUAUUCAACUGGCUGAACUUCAUUGGCCUAAACAUCAGCAUUGCUGGCAGUCUUGUGUACUCUUACAUCACUUUCACGAAGGAGCAAAAAAAAACAAGUUGAUGAAAUAAACAUGAUCCGAUUCAACAGUUUCAACAAAUGAUGGAGGGAGUCAGCAGAGGACACAAGCAGACUCAUUUUAUAGUGCCUUAUAUGCUAUUAAGCAUAAUGGUGAAGCAAGCUUCGGAUCCAAAAGUGUUUUUCCAUUCGUUUCUAUUUUAGAUUUUUGAAAAUCUACUAAAUAAGUGGACCAAAUCAAUUACGAUGAAUCACACAUUAUAUCAAAUGACAAUUUUCUAAGCAAGAAUAUUGACAAAAUGACUCAGGGACAAACUGUGAUUUUUUUUUAUUGCAAAUGAUGUAAUUAACUGAAAAAUAUCAGUAUAAUACUAUCUAAAAUUAUUUUGUGUUUAUCAACAACUAUUAAAGUAUAAAAUAGGGAUGCACGAUAUAUCGGCCAACAUAUCGUUAUCGGCCGAUAACUGCUUAUUUGUAAUAUUAUCGGUUAUCGGUCUGAUAGCAAAAUUAGGUCGAUAAAUGAAAGGCGAUAAAUGAUGGAUUAUUUUGGUUUGUUGAACCACUUCACUUGCUCAUUGCUGGCCAUGUGAAGUUUUGAUUGGUGCUUUCUGUGACAUAGCACAAAGAUGACACGUGUUGCGGGCUUAAGAAGAGUAUGCUAGUCUAGCGCAAAGACAAGAUGUCCGCGGCGGCGGUCUGGGAGUUUUUCAUUGUAAAAAUAAUGAAUAUUUAUCGGCCUAUAUAUAUAUCGGUUAUCGGCCCCCAAAUAUAAAGAGUUAUCGGGUAUCGGUAUCGGCCAAAAUUUCCAUAUCGGUGCAUCCCUAGUAUAAAAUUAGGUAUAAAGUUUGGUUUAAUUAUUAUUUUAUCAGUUUUUAUUGAAAUCAUUUAAAGAAGCAAAUAUCUUAAGCUCAUGUAAAGGGGAUAGUUACCCCAAAAAUAAAAUUCCUGUCAUCAUUUACUCAUCCUCAUCUUGUUCUAAACCUG